AUGCUCAAUGUUACUACUUCUUCAGGGAAAUAUAUACAACCAAAUGUGGAAAUAAGCAUUCAAGAGCAGCCUCCACCCACAGAAAGUCCAGGAGUUUUGGGUGACUACAGUUUACCUAAACCUCAUGAAAUGGAAAAUGUGGACAGUGCAGAGGCCCCAGCCAACGAGGAUGAAGACACAGGAGAAGACUCAAUGAAAGUGAAGGAUGAAUACAGUGGGAGAGAGGAGGCUGUCUUGAAGCCCGAGCCCAUGGGGAAUGCAGAAGAGCCUGAAAUUCCUUACAGCUAUGCAAGAGACUAUAAUGAAUAUGAAAGCAUUAAGCUGGAGAGGCCCGGAGUCCCUUAUGACAGCAGCCGACCAGCCAGUGGGAAGAUGAACUGCGACGUGUGUGGAUUGUCCUGCAUUAGCUUCAACGUCUUAAUGGUCCAUAAGCGGAGCCACACUGGUGAACGCCCAUUCCAGUGUAAUCAAUGUGGGGCAUCUUUUACUCAGAAAGGUAACCUCCUCCGCCACAUUAAGCUGCAUACAGGGGAAAAACCUUUCAAGUGUCACCUCUGCAACUAUGCGUGCCAAAGGAGAGAUGCGCUCACGGGUCACCUUAGGACACAUUCUGUGGAGAAACCGUACAAGUGCGAGUUCUGCGGAAGGAGUUACAAGCAGAGGAGCUCCCUGGAGGAGCACAAGGAGCGCUGCCGCACGUUCUUUCAGAGCUCUGACCUGGGCGACUCUGCAAGUGCGGAAGCAAGACUCGCCAAAGCGGAGAUGGGAACUGAAAGAGCCCUCGUCCUGGACAGAUUAGCAAGCAAUGUGGCAAAACGAAAAAGCUCAAUGCCUCAGAAAUUCAUUGGUGAGAAGCGUCACUGCUUUGACGUCAGCUACAACUCCAGCUACCUGUACGAGAAGGAGGGUGAGAUCAUGCAGACCCGGAUGAUGGACCAAGCCAUCAAUAAUGCCAUCAGCUAUCUGGGGGCUGAAGCCCUGCGUCCCUUGGUGCAGACCCCGCCUGCUGCCACUUCGGAGAUGGUCCCGGUUAUAAGCAGCAUGUAUCCCAUAGCCCUGACCCGGGCAGAGAUGCCCAACGGUGUGCCCCAGGAGCUGGAGAAGAAGAACGUCCAGCUGCCAGAGAAGGCCGUGUCCUCUGAGAGAGGCGUGUCCCCGAAUAACAGUGUCCACGACUCCACGGACACAGACAGCAACCACGAGGAGCGCCAGAGUCACUUCUACCCGCAGAGCCACGUGGUCCUCCCCCGGGUCCGCAACGGGGCGCCGCUCCUGAAGGAGGUCCCCCGGGCCUACGAACUCCUCAAGCCCCCUCCUCUCUGCCCAAGGGACACCCUCAGAGUGGUCAGCAAGGAAGGGGAGGUGGCGGACGUGUUCCGCUGUGACCACUGCCGCGUCCUCUUCCUGGAUUACGUGAUGUUCACCAUCCACAUGGGCUGCCACGGCUUCCGUGACCCUUUCGAGUGUAACAUGUGCGGGUACCGGAGCCACGAUCGGUACGAGUUCUCCUCCCACAUCGCCAGAGGGGAGCACAGAGCCAUGCUGAAGUGA